UUCAGGGGCGGCUGGUCUCCAUGUGUGUGCAGAAAGAAGAAUAGUCUUUGCUAAAAACGAAGAAUAGUUUUGAUAAUUUUCUAUUUAAAGUAUAUUCUUGUUAAAUAAAUUAAUCAAAAGCAGACAAUUAAUUUGUGUCAUCAAUUCAGUUUUAAAAAUGGGAUCAUUCACUGCUAAAAAGCUUAUGCAUGGAAUUCAGUAUGAUAGGUAUGGUGGAGGAGCUGCUGCUUUAAAGCAUGUUGAAGUUGGAGUUCCCAGUCCUAAAAAGAAUGAGGUUUUAAUUAAAUCGGAAGCUGUAGCUAUUAAUCCAUUUGAUUGCAGAAUUCAGAAAGGUGUAGCACGCCCUAUUUUUUUGCCUCGAAAAUUUCCUCACAUUCCAUGUACUGAUGUGGCGGGAGAAAUAGUAGAGACUGGAUAUGGUGUCACUAAGUUCAAACCCGGUGACAAAGUUGUAGCUAAUGUACCCUUUACUAUUGGAGGUGGACUAGCUGAAUUUUUUGUAGCUAGUGAGAGCUUGACAGUGGCUCGGCCGCCUCAAGUGUCAGCAGCCGAAGCUGCAGGCUUACCUACUGCCGGUCUAACAGCACAUGCGGCCCUAACUCAAGCUGCCGGUAUCAAUCUUGAUAAUGACAAUGAUGGCAAUGGGAAUAAGCAUGAAAUAAACAUUCUGAUCACUGCAGCCUCUGGUGGUGUUGGUCACUAUGCUGUUCAAUUGGCAAAGCUUAGACAAAACACACAUGUUACAGCCACUUGUGGUGCCCGCAACAUUGAGUUUGUGAAGAGCUUAGGUGCUGAUGAGGUUCUUGACUACACCACCCCAGAAGGGUCAGCUCUAAAAAGCCCGUCUGGUCGAAAAUAUGAUGUUGUGAUUCACUGCGCCGAGGCAAGGAUUUCUUGGUCUACUUUUGAGCCUAAUUUGAAUAAGAAUGGGAAGGUUAUUGACCUUACUCCUGGACCAGCUGCUUUUUUAACUUCUGCUUUGAAGAAAGUUACUUUCUCUUCUAAGAAAUUGGUGCCAUUUUUUUUGAGUGUUAAGGGUGAGAACUUGGAGUAUGUUGUUGGGUUGGUGAAGGAAGGAAAACUCAGGACAGUUAUUGACUCAAAACAUCCUUUAAGUAAGGGUGAAGAUGGUUGGGCCAAGAGUAUUAAUGGCCAUGCCACUGGGAAGAUCAUUGUAGAGCCUUGGGUAUAGGAAUGUCACUAAGAACAUAUAUAUUCAUUUUAUUUGCUCAAAUCAUCAAAUAAAUUUUGGUAAGUGAGAAGAUUACCAAUGUCAAAUUCCUUAUUGUUAUAGCAAAUAUUAGUUUGUAAAAAAAAUAAUUAAAUAAGAAAAUGAAAUUCAAUAUUA